AUGGCCGCCCUGUUCUGUCUUUCCACCUGUGACCUGGCGCAGUGCGAGGUCAUCCAGAUCCUGUUGGAGCAUCUAGGGAGGCAGCCUGGUGGUCUCCUGCCCCACUUGGAGGCCCUGGAGCAGGAUGUAAGCCAGCUGAAGGACUGGGCGUCCGGCCUAACGGAGAAAUGCAGCCUGCUCCAGGACAGCGUGGCGGCGCUGACCAAGGCUGUGGGACAAAUCGAGGGACGCACCUCUGCCAUCACUAAGGAUGUCAACACUAAGGUUUGACAGCGGCCUAUGCUUUACUGUGCUUUUUUUUUUAAAUGAUUUAAGCCAUCUAGAUGCUCUAACUACUUUGGUAACCAGGAUGUAAUAACUCAGGCAAUUACACAGGAACUGCAGAUAAGAUUCCUGAAACAAUCACUGUAUUGUAAUAAACUGGCCAAUAGUAUGUGUUAAAGUAGUUACAUAGUACAGUACUAUGUAGUUACAUGUAAUAAUACCAAUAAAUUCAUAUUCCAAGUACGUAAAGGUUGAAGUCUCUCAAAACCAGAGGCAAGAGUCAGGAUAAGCUGAAGUAACUGGGGAAACCUGACAUUAAACCGAAUGUAACAACUGAUUGAACAGAACCGUGGCAAUUGAAUAGAAAGGCAGUUCAUGUAAAGCUUUGCCCAUGAACACCUUCUCCUUCUCCACUUCCUCCAUCUCCUAGGUAGCGUCGGUGCGGACGGACGUACGUCGGAUGGAUGGGCUCCAGUCGGAGGUGGAGUCUCUCCUGGAGAAGGUACGGGUGCUGGAGGAGAGGGCCACCCAGGCAGAACGCAGCAUGGUCAAACGCAUCGGUGACCUGCUUGCCGGCAGCAUUGACCGCAUCCAGGGUCUCAAGGCCGCCACGGAGCGCAACGCCCAAGCCCUGGAGCAGCUCAAACGCCGCCUCCCUGAGCUGUUCGCCAACGACCGGCAGAUCUCGGAGCGCCUGAGGGAGCUGGAGAGCAACCGCGCCCGAUUGGUCCGCACGGUGACCUUUGCCGGCGACCUCAAGCCCAAGGUGGCAGCCAUCAAGCGGGACUUCGGGGCGCUGGCUCCGCAGGUGGAUGAGCUGACCCUGAGGAUUGGCCGUCUGGCCGAGGAUCUGACCAAAAGGGAGGAGGACAUCGCGGAGCUACGGCAGACGUUCGCUAACCUCAGCGCUGUGGAGGAGGACCUAGGAGUUGUGACACAGCAGUUGAGUCAGAUAGUUGAGUCUGAGAUGCCCGUAGUGGGAGGAGAGAUGCUUCUGCAGAAGGUCAACGUGAGUGAAGCCCUCCCUCAGACACUGGAAGGAGAGCUGUGAAGGAGUGCUUUUUUAUAAGCUAUAGAUCUACAGAGUAAAUGGCAAACUUUCAGCUUGUCACCAAUCAUUCCCUUACAAUAACUUGCACAUUUUUGUAAAUUUCAAACAGAGUUUGCUGAUCUCUCUGUACACAUGGUCGACCCCACCUAGCCCUUACAACAGGUACUUCUGGAUUCCCCCUCAGAGAUCUUGAUUAAUUUUACAUUUACAUUUACGUAAUUU